ACUUUAGGCACUCUUGAGUGCCACGCCCCGAUGAGGCGGGGGCGGCGCCGGCGCCGUGACGUCAUCUUGGAGCGUCGGAAGACGCGCGGGCUGCGCGGAGAUGUUGGAAUCAUUGUUGGCUAUUGGUGGCUUGGUGCUGCUUCGAGAUUCCGUGGAGUGGGAGGGGCGCAGUCUCCUGAAGGCUCUUGUCAAGAAAUCUGCGCUAAGUGGGGAGCAAGUCCAUGUCCUGGGCUGUGAAGUGAGCGAGGAAGAAUUUCGAGAAGGUUUUGAAUCCGAUGUCAACAGCCGGCUCAUUUACCAUGACCUCUUUAGAGACCCGCUCAACUGGUCAAAAACUGGGGAGGCCCAUCCUGGGGGACCUCUGGGAGCCUUGAGAGCCAUGUGCAGGACAGAUUCUUGUUCUAUCACCAUUGCUGUUGAUUCCCUCAGCUGGUUGUUGCUUCAUCUUCCCUGUACUGAACUCUGCCAGACGCUGCAUGUUCUGAGCCAUGGAAACUCCUACCCUGGUGUUAACCCCCCUGUAGGGCAGGUGCGUGUGUUGGGCCUGCUGCAUGAAGAGCUUCAUGGGCAAGGCCCCUUGGGAGCACUGAGCAGCCUUGCUCAAACAGAGGUGACCAUGGAUGGUAAAAUGGGCCAGGCUUCAGUUCACAUCCUCUAUCGAAGGCCCCAACAGCGCCCAGCUUAUCAGACUCAGUGGUUCUCCAUCCUUCCUGACUUCAACCUGGAUCUCCAAGAGGGACCUCUAGAGUCCCAGCAGCAGCCAAGUUCCCACGUACCUCUGGUGGAUCCCACAACUCACUUGACUUUUAACCUUCACCUGUCCAAGAAAGAAAGAGAAGCCAAAGAUAACCUGACUCUGCCCUUCCAAUUCAGCUCUGAAAAACAGCAGGCUUUGCUGCGACCUGGACCAGGUCAGUCUUCCAGCCACAUCUUCUAUGAGCCAGAUGUUUAUGAUGAUCUGGACCAAGAAGACCCCGAUGAAGACCUAGAUAUUUGACUGACCAGAUUUGACUAGACCAACAAGAAGAAACACUGUGGACUUAGAAGCACCUUUGUGUUGUUUGACUUGACCUUACCUUGUCCCUGUACCACCUUUGCUGCUUUGUAUAUGUAAGGCCCUGCUGUGCCAAGAAGUAGCAUGUCAUCAGGGCAGCAAAUGGGUGAGAGUAUAUUGUAAGGCAAGCAAGUAACCUUCCAAAUUAAAAUAUAUAGAUACAGAUACA